CAUGGCUAGCACACACAAUGUGACAGAGUUUAUUUUUCUGGGACUUUCUCCCGAUCCGAAGGUGCAGAAAGUCUGCUUUGUGAUAUUUCUGCUCUUGUACACAGCCAUUGUGCUGGGGAACUUCAUCAUUGUGCUCACCGUCAUGACCAGCAGAAGCCUCGGCUCCCCCAUGUACUUCUUCCUCAGCUCCCUGUCCUUUGUGGAGAUCUGCUACUCCUCUACCACAGCCCCCAAACUCAUCUCAGAUUUGCUGGCUGACAGAAAAGCUAUAUCUCUGUGGGGCUGCAUGUCACAGGUUUUCUUUACCCACUUCUUUGCCGGCGCUGAGAUGUUCUUGCUCACUGUGAUGGCCUAUGACCGCUACGUGGCCAUCUGUAAGCCCCUCAACUAUGCCACCAUCAUGAAUGGGCAGGUGUGUGCCUUCCUGGUGGGAGUAGCAGGCGCAGGGGGCUUUGUGCAUUCCUCGGCCCAAAUCCUCCUCAUUUUCCGCCUGCCCUUCUGUGGCCCCAACGUGAUUGAUCACUACUUCUGUGAUGUGCUUCCCCUGCUCAAGCUUGCCUGCUCUGACACUUUCCUGAUUGGUCUGCUGAUGGUUGCCAAUGGGGGGACCCUGACUGUGAUCAGCUUCCUGGUCCUCUUAGCCUCCUAUGUAGUCAUCUUGCUCCAUCUGAGGACUCAAAGCUCUGAGGGGCGGCGCAAGGCCCUCUCCACCUGUGGGUCCCACAUCGCCGUGGUUACCCUGUUCUUUGGGCCCUGCCUCUUCAUCUAUCUGAGGCCUUCCACCAUCCUGCCUGUGGACAAGGUGGUAGCUGUGUUCUACACAGUGAUCACCCCACUCCUGAACCCUGUCAUCUACUCCUUGAGAAAUGCUGAGAUGAAGAAAGCCGUGAAGAGGCUGUGGAUCAGGACAGUGAAACUAGAGGAGAAAUAGAGUCUGAGUCUUGGUGUUGAUCCUGGGGUUUAGAAUGAUGUUGAGUCCAAACUGAGGC